ACAUGUUAGCCUGUGUGCUAACUGGUAGCUAAAGUUGUACUUUCACUUUCUGACAGUCAACAAGGCUUCCUGGAAAACGAAACUAGAAGCCGCCAUUGUUGUGUUGGACUGUCGUUUGAUCAUCGGCGUCAACAUUUCAGACGUUUCUGCGUCGAUAUUGAAAACUUGGAGGAGGAGGAGAGUGACACAUUCAACCGGCAAACACGCAGUUUACCUGCUAGCUCCAGCCGCUAGCUCCAGCCGCUAGCUCCAGCCGCUAGCUCCAGCCGCUAGCUCCAGCGGCUAGCUCCAGCGGCUAGCUCCCGUCGCUAGCAUGGACGGCGUGACGACCAACGAGGAGAGGGGGGCCGAGAAACAAAUGGACGACUACCUGAAAUCAAUCGGCUUUCACCGGAAGAAGAUCGCCAAAGACGGCUCGUGCUUGUUCCGAGCUGUCGCCGAGCAGGUGCUGCACUGUCAAAGCCUUCACGCUAAAGUCAGAGCCAAAUGUGUUGAGUUCCUGAAGCAGAACAGAUCGAGCUAUGAGGCUUUUAUUGAAGGCGACUUCGUGGAUUACCUGUGCAAGCUUCAGGACCCGCAGCAGUGGGUUGGCGAGGUGGAGAUCCACGCUCUCGCCAUCAUGUACCAGAGGGAUUUUCAGAUCUUCCAGGAUCCCGGUAAACCAGCCGUCAACAUCACAGACCACAACUUCAAAGACAAGGUGCGGUUGUGUUUCCUGAACGGGAAUCACUACGACAGCGUUUAUCCCGUCAGCCACGUCAAGAACGCCGCUCUCUGCCAGUCCAUCCUGUACGAGCUGCUCUACGACGAUGUGUUCAAAGUCGAGCGCGGUGCUCUGAGCGUGUGUCAGCGGGUCGGGAGACCUCACGACCUCCUCAUCGACGACAACAUGGCCGCCUGCGGCAGCAGCGACGAGUCGGACAACGGCGACCCGCUGUGGAUCGAAAAUGGAACGAACACGACGAACACAACGGCCCCAAGACACAACAACAGGGGUCGGGGGCGGGGCCGGGUCCUGUCUGAGAGGGUGAGGCGUUCACUGAACCCGACUCUGUUCAGGAACAUUGAGUACGACGUCUGGCACAAAACGAAGAGAGCUCAGCAGAAGUUGGAUUAUUGUAUCGCUGCAGGGAUGCAGUUUACUGCAGGAGACCGCUGCCAGGUCCGUCUUGAGGGGAGUGGGCGGAGCUACAGUGCGACUGUCAAGGAGGUUCCCGCUGACAACGGCUCAGUGACAGUUUUUAUCGAGGAACUGGGCAAGAAACAGGUUCCUCUGUGGAGUCUGCGUCCUCCCUCUGAUGAGAACAGCUGGAGCACUGUGGUGAACCGAGACAAGAGACUCAGCAACGGACAAGGAGAUUGGGAGGAGAGGAGUAAGGGGAGAGGACGGGGGAAGAACGUCCCCGCGUCCUCCUCUGUCCCGGCCCCGGCGCCGGGCCCCUCUGGGCGCGUGCAGAAGCAGCACUCGUGGCCCCCGCAGGCCACCGUAGAGGAGCAGGGCGCCACCAAAUCCACCAGGAAGUCCGUGAGCGUGGUGGAGUCGGCGUUCGGUCUGACGGAGGAGCAGCGUUUGGCCAAAGAGGAGGAGAAGAUGAACGUGGCGUUGGUGGAGAUCCAGCUGAGAGACGAGCAGAGCUUCCCCGCUCUCGGGGGCGCCAGUCAGGGGGACGGAGGGAGGAAGAAAGGAGGAGAGAAGAAGAAAUCUCAGAGGAACAAAACGAAGAGUCCAGUUGAAGACGUCGGAGCUCCGUCGCCCUCUGCUGGAGAGAGACCGAAGUCCUCCACCCCGCCUCUCACUACUCCUGCUUCUUCUUCUACUAAUACUGCAAAUACACCCACCAACCCCAUCGCCACUAAACGUCCUCCUGCUGCUCCUGCUGCUCCUGCUGCUCCGUCUGCAGACUCCGCCCCCGCCUCCCUGAGCUCGCACAAAGCUUCAGCGCCGAAAACGAACCCGCCCACCGCGGCUCCUGCACCUCCAGACGCUCCCUCCUCCUCCUCAUCCACUUCUCCUCCUCUUCCUCCUCCUGCUGUCCCCUCCUCCGCCUCUCUCUUCUCCUUCAUCACCCCCGUUCUGUAUCAAACCCUGGAGGAGCCCAGACCCCCAGAACCAGAGUCCAUCUCAGGUCCCUCGGCCCCAAAACCAGACCCUGAUGACCCAUUCCUUCACCCAGGUACCCCAGACCCCCUCCAGCAGACCCAGUACCUCCCCCAAUCCCAGCCGGACCCCCUCCCCUCCCAGGCCUCAGAUCUGGUCUCCCACCCUCCCCCUCAUUUACAGCUUACUCACCCCUCCCUCUCUCUCUCUUCCUCCCCGUCUCACCCCCCCAUACAACCCCAGACUCAAACAGAAGCUGCCCCCCCUCCUCCUCCUCCUCCCGCUCAGCUUUUACCAGAGUCUCCCCCCCACCCUCAGCAGUCACACCCCCCUCACCCCUCCCAGUCACACCUCGCUCACCCGCCUCACCUGACGUCCAUCCAAGGGGCCGUCCCCCUGCAGCAGAUGUCCCAGCUCUACCAGGACCCCCUGUACCCCGGGUUUCCUCAGGGGGAGAAGGGCCAGCCCGCUCAGCCCCCCCUCAUGUCCUGCAGCAGAUCGGGGGACGACCUGCCGCAAGAUGUCAACAUCUUGAGGUUUUUCUUCAACUUGGGUCUCAAGGCUUACUCGAUGCCCAUGUUACCACCUUACGUCUACCUCCUGCCCCUCCAACAAACCCACACCAUGCACCCCAGGAUCACCUCACGCUCUCCCAGCCCCCACUAUCCUCCCUCCAACCCUCCACCGAGGCCACAGGAGCCGUACCCUCACCCUCAGUACCCUCCCACAUCAGCAUCGAUGCCUCCUCAGUACGACCACCAGGCCCCGCCCACAGAGCCCCCCCACCAUAGCGACCCCUCCUACAACCAGUCGGGAUACCCCAUCUCACAGCCUCCGACCCACAGGAUGCCCCAGCAGUGGUUACAGCAGCAGAUGCCUCCACCCAGGAACCUCAACUUUCCAGUCGGGUAUCCCACCCUGAACCCACAUUAUGCAGUCCCACCCACCAUUUCUCAGGGGUACCAACCAGGUCAAAGCCCGGGACACCCGCUGUACCCUUCUAGUGUGUCCUCUUAUCCCCCUUCUUCCCUGGGAUAUCAGCCCUCCUCUGCGUCUGAGGAGCUCCAGGUGAGCCAAGGGGCAAUGGAGCAGCAUCGUCCCUCCAAUGGGAACAUCAUGCCCGGGCAACGGCCUGUCCAAGGUCAUGGUCUUCUAGGGAGUCCUCCUGUUGCUAACGUGGCUAACGCUAACAACAUAACAGUGAUGGUUCCUGGUUUUGCCCACAAGAAGGAGCAAGGAGAGAGAGUGACCAGAGCCGUGAUGCUGGGCGAGCUGCCUGUCAACAAUCCUAUGCUGGCUUCAAACCCAGGUGAUGUCCCUGUCUCCAUGACGACCAUGAAGCCCAGCAGCACACCUGGCCAUCCAGUGCCCUAUGAAUUCUUCACCGCGACAGCCACACCCACCAACAACAACAACAGCAGCCCCUCUUAUGGUUACCGCAACUACCCAAAGCCCCUUAAUCCCACCAACAACGUGUACGUCCCACUGGGAGCGCCAGAGCACGGCCAGGUGGACUACCUGGCUAACGUCGCCAUGGCAGAGGGUUCGUCUGUUGGAUGCAGCACAGAGGACGACUGGGACGAGCAGGCCGGAUUCAAACAGAUGAACUACCGAGGGCAGAGGAGGUACCAAAGAGGCGGGGGAGGGGGGAGAGGAAGGGGAAGCCAUGAUCCAGGGAGAGGGGCAAACAGGAGGAGGUAUGGGGCAGAUGGAGGGGCGGGGUUUGGCUUUGUCCAGUUUAACUCCUCCCACAGGGGAAGGGGUCGUGAGAGAGGUUACUAGCUUUCAGCUCAAGAGGAGGAUGCAUGUUUUCAUUUCCUUGCUCAGUGCUUUCGAAGUUAGAAUCAGACCUUUCCUGCUUCUUCGACGAUUAAGUAAAUUCUCAUCCCAUCACUUUUUUUGUCACUAUACUGAAAGCUGAUUGGAUGAUGGAAAUGAUCGCACUUACCCGAUCCAAAAUAUGCCAGAAACGAUCAAUCGUCUUCCCAAAUCCCGUUGGUGUGUUUGAUGUGUCGAAACGCUUCCGAUUGCCAAGAAAAUAAAACAUGAACACUACAAUCCUUAGUCACAUUAGCUAGCUUGUUAGCAUAGCAUAUUAGCAAGAGUUAGUUUACACAUCAUUGUACUAUUUACGGCAGUUGAAUGUAUCGAUUUGAAGAGUCAGACAAAGUUUUUUUUGUGAGGACUAUAAACAUGUUUGAGUUUGAGCUGCUUUGAGUUUGUUGCUAUGUUGAUGAUGUUUGAAAAAAUGUCUGAAACUUCAGCUUCAUAAAAAGUCCUGCACUUAAUUUGACAUCACAUUUAAUUUAUUUUAAAGGAUUAGUAAGAUUUUCACGCAGAACUUAAUAUCACUCCUGGGUGUAAGAGCUACAUAUGAAGCUAAUGCCAAAACGGGCUAGCUUAUGUUAGCAUAAAGACUUGAAAUAGAAGCUAACAGUUAGCUUUAAAGUUCUUGAAAGUUACACAGUGACUUAUAACAGGCUGAAUUGUAGAAACAAAAAUGUCUACUACUUCUCGGGGUUACAUGCUAGGCUAGCUGUUUUCUUGUUUUCAUUGUUUAAGCUAAGCUAAGCUAACUCCUUCAGACUAUCACUGCAUAUUGACCAGACAUACAUAUUAGUGCUAUCCACCUCUUAUUGACAAUAUUUCUAGGAGUUUUAGUGCCAUUUCUUUAGCCCAUUGCCAAACGUUAGACUCUCUAGCAUCAUUUGAACACACAACAACUGAUAGCUUAGCAUCACUGUAAAGAGUUAGACAUUUACACAUAUUUAAGCGAAGAAAGCUACACGCUUCUGGUAGGACAGAUAGUGAACAUUGUCUUUAUUUUUAUGCAAAUAGAGAUGUUUGUGGAGCCUGAUAUGAAGGUAAAGCCACAACAAGGCUAGCUUAGCAUAAAGACAAACUGGACGAACAGCUAGCCUGGCUCUGUUGAUAAAGAACAUAAUCCACCUAGCUGUAUUUCUUGAACAUGUUUUGCUUACUGUCGAGAGGUGCUCGGCUAGCCAUUUUCCGUGAUUUGCACUCUGUAUGCUAAGCUAAGCUGAUUGCCUCUGGAUACAGCUACAUCUUUAGCUUUUCAGUCAUAAGAGUGGAAUGAACUUCUCGUCAAAUUUCCCAAAAUUUAGCAACUUUUUUUUUGAUCGGUAAUUCAGAUUUCAGACUUUUAGCGUCCCUCAAAUGUAGAAUGAAAAAUUAGCGCUUAGCAUGUUCAAAACGUGUUUGACAUAUUUAUGCAAAAAUAAACAAGCUUGUGUUAGCUUAAAGACAAGGACGUGGACAAAGGAAUAGGAUCGCUGCUUUAAAAACGUAAAACCUGUAAAUAGGACUUUAGGAAACUCAGAGAUGAUCUGAAGCCGUGUGCACUUAUUUUUUAUUUGUCUUGUUGUUGGUUUCAUGUCUUUAGUGUAAAUGUCUGAUUUCUUCUUCUCACCUGGUUUGUUUUUUCUUUCCUUCUUGUGUUUUGUUUGAUCAAAUCCGAACACUUUAGAGAUUCAGUCAGUGCCUUACUUUUCAUACUUCUUUUUUCUUUUCAUGUCAUCACUUUUUUUUCUUGAGUUUGGGAAACACUGCUGUACAGAACAAAAAGCUUUUUGUUGUCUGUGUUGAUUUUUCUAUGCGGUUGAAUAAAUAAAACUUUGGUUCAGAUGAUG